GAAGCCGCCAACGAAAUCAACGCCGUCCUCCUCAAAGCUUCAAGAAGAAAUGGUCAGAAACGACACCCGUCGCGGUCUCGCCCACGGCCACCCCACGACUGCUAUCCCUAAAACCGUCCGCCCAUCCCAGCGCAAGGGCAUCCAGUCGACCCGCACAAAGUUUGUGCGGUCUGUCGUCCGGGAAGUCGUCGGAUUCUCCCCAUAUGAGCGUCGGGUGAUGGAGUUGCUCCGUAACUCGAAGGACAAGAAGGCUCGCAAGCUGACGAAGAAGCGGCUUGGAACGCUCUUGCGCUCGAAGCGCAAGCUUGAGGAGCUCGGCAACAUCAUUCAAGAGAGCAGGAGAACUGCCCACUAAAAUGCAUCCGGUCGCUCACUGUCUUAUUCAUCAUGUUGUCUGCGGAGACGGGUCCCCAUGCCAUGUAUCACCAUGCUCGUCGUAUGCUAUCCUCAUUCCUCUUGAUCCUCGAUUCGACAUCCUUAGGAUGGGGACUUUGUGAUGUCGCCCUGGAAGUGUUAUCUUAUUGCACGCAAAUCAACGUCUAGAUUUGUGAUGCUGGGCAU